CCGGCCAUAUCUUCUGCAGAGUAAACACGGUCCCAUUUAACCUUAUAUCUGUGGCCGUGUGGCUGAGGUGCGGGGUAUUGCAGAAGACGGAGCUCUGCAGCGGGCUUGUCCUCGGCCGUCCUACCAUGCUGACAGACAUACCAGGCCGCUGGCUUAAGCACGGCGUCAGCAUCCGCGACACCGCAACCGUCAGUCGUCUUGACCCAUCCGCGCGACCCCGCCACCUUGUCUGGUAACGGCGCCGAAAGAGUCGACAUCGAAGAAUGGCUUGGCAUAUACGAACGCGUCGUUCCGCGCAACCGAUCAGCACGCACCUGGUGUGACACACACGAAGAAGUGUUGACAAGCUGGGACGCAUGCAAGCAAAAACUUCGCUCGGCAAGCUGUCUGGUCGCAAGUGCGCCGUUGCGAAAUACCUAUCCUGUCGGGCUCAGACAGCUACCGGGUAGUACGUUAUGCAUCCUUGAUGUUCUAGGUGUUUGCCGCCGCGUCGAUGCCAGUAUGCCUGUGGCUGACAAAGUGAGGCACAUUUUGACUGCUCGACGGUAGACAAAAUUAUCCGUGAGUGCAGACGUUUCGAAGACGCAACGAGCCGUCGCAUUGCUGGACAUCGCAUUGCGCGGCUUCCCAACACUGCCGCUGCGUCGUCGUGCGAAGACGCUCAUUCGGCUCUUAAAUCGUCCACUACAGGUAGCGUUGUCCGAUUUGUGCGGCGCGAAAUCGAGACCGCGUCGCCAUCUUCUUCCGCGCGCCCUUCUGAGGAUACGCAAGCGACAAUUUCCCUCAUCCGUGAAGUUGUCCGCGAAUAACUGGCCAACAGAGGCAUUCAGCCCGGGUGCUCCACAACACGCCCUCAGAGACAGCCCAGCUCGGGGCCACAGUCGCGGCAGCAGCGGGGCGGUGGCAUGGCUGCAGCCACCGCGGACGGAGGUGCAGCAGGCAUCCGGCUGAGUGGCCACACGCUGGACAAGGCCACCAAGGCCAAGGUGCACCUGGAGAACUACUACUCCAACCUGGUCACCCAGCACCUGGAGCGCAAGGGCCGCCACGAGCGCCUCGAGGAGACCAUGCGCGAGGAAGGGCUCUCCGAGGAGCAGAAGAAAGAGAAGCGCAUGCAGCACUCGCUGAAGGAGACAGAGUUCCUGCGGCUGAAGCGUUCACGACUAGGCGUAGAAGAUUUUGAGCCACUUAAGGUGAUUGGCCGAGGAGCCUUUGGCGAGGUCCGGCUGGUCCAAAAGCGCGACACAGGCCACGUCUAUGCCAUGAAGAUCCUUCGUAAGGCUGACAUGCUCGAGAAGGAACAGGUGGCGCAUGUUCGUGCUGAGCGUGAUGUGUUGGUGGAGGCUGACCACCAAUGGGUGGUGAAGAUGUACUACAGUUUCCAAGACGCCAUAAACCUCUACCUCAUCAUGGAGUUUCUUCCUGGCGGGGACAUGAUGACACUGCUGAUGAAGAAGGACACCCUGUCGGAAGAGUGCACCCAGUUCUACAUAGCAGAGACGGCACUGGCCAUUGACUCCAUCCACAAGUUGGGCUUCAUCCACCGCGACAUCAAGCCUGACAACCUGCUGCUGGAUGCAAGGGGGCACAUAAAGCUUUCGGACUUUGGCCUGUGUACGGGUCUGAAGAAGUCCCACCGGACAGAAUUCUACAGGGAUCUUUCGCAGGCUAAGCCGUCGGAUUUCACAUCAAACCCGAUGGACUCCAAACGGCGAGCUGAGAGUUGGAAGAAGAACCGACGGCAACUGGCAUACUCCACGGUGGGCACCCCCGACUACAUUGCACCUGAGGUGUUCCUGCAGACAGGCUACAGCAGCUCCUGCGAUUGGUGGUCCCUGGGCGUCAUCAUGUACGAGAUGCUCAUAGGCUACCCGCCCUUCUGCUCCGAGACUCCCCAGGAGACGUACCGCAAGGUGAUGUCAUGGCGCGAAACGCUGGUGUUCCCGGCCGAGGUGCCCAUCUCGGAGGAUGCGCGGGCGCUCAUCCAGGGCUUCUGCUCGGAGGCUGAGCGCCGCGUCGGUGCCCACAGUGGCUUGGCGCAGAUCCAGGCGCAGGCCUUCUUCCGUGGCGUGGACUGGGAGCACAUCCGCGAGCGACCCGCAGCCAUCCCCAUGGAGGUCAAGAGCAUCGAUGACACCUCCAACUUCGACGAGUUCCCUGACGUUGACCUCAAGAUCCCCUGUGCCCCUCCUGUGACGCCAAGCAAGGAGCACGCAGAGGCCGGCUACAAGGACUGGGUCUUCAUCAACUACACCUUCAAGCGCUUUGAAGGGCUCACGCAGCGGGGUGUCAAGCCUCCAAAGAAGUGCUGACUGGCAUGGCUGCACGACGACAGAUUAAGCAAAGUGCGCAUGGACACUCGGCGCCCAGUGCGACAACUCGUGGACUCUGUGGCGUGCAAGUUUCUAUGGCUGGUGCGUCACAGCUGCAUCGUUUUUCUCGAUGCUGGUGAUACCCUUUGCCCGAUCCUUCUACCCCGGAGGAUUAGUUUGGUGGGACAUGGACUGUGUGUGUGCGUGGGUGUGUGCCACGUGUGCGUGCACUUCCUGUGAGAGGGCAACGGUCAGCGUGACAUGGAACGUGUUUGUGCGAGUGGUUGUUUACAUGUGCAUCCAGUCUGGGAAGGUGGUUGUUGUUGAGAGACUUCCGAAGACGUGUGGGAAGAUAGGCUGCUGGCUGUGUCUGCUGCACUGGCAUGGCCGGAUGUUGCAGGUUUCAACAGCUGAUUUGAGGCACGAGUAAGCAAGGCCAAGUAGAAGGGAACGCAUCGUGGUAACAUUAGACAGAGUGGCGACAAAUUUUGACCACUGAACAGGAAAGGGCGGAGAUAGGAUGCAGCGAGUCAUUGCAGGGCCAUUCUGCAUUCUGGCAUGGGUACGGAUGUGGCAGAAGUACACGAUUUCCUGACUUGGCUAGAAUGUAGAACACACGCAUGUGCAUUCGUCUUCAUUUUGAGCAUUGCAAGGGGCAGUGUUGAGGAUGCUAGUAGUAAGUGCCAGCAGUUUCUGGAGUGAGCUGUUAGUGUUACCAGUGGUUCAAUUCUGUUCACUUCUGCGUACACCCUCCUGUUGUAGGAAUAAGCUAGCAGUAGCAGGUCAGCAGUGCAAGACAGCUGCUGGACCUGUGGAUUUCACCGAUUUUAUCUGGCAGGCGUUCCAUGUGUGCACUGCCAAAGCGCACGUGCUGUGCCCAUUAUGAAGUGCAAUAAGCUGUUACAACGGUUACAACAGCCUCGUGAUUGGAUCAGACCGAUUGGAAUUUGUGGCUUUCCACUUGCUCAGUUGGAGAGCAGCUGCUUGCAUGACAGUGUACUCGGAUAAUGUGGAAUGAAAGGUGGCGAUGAACUUCAGCUCAGCAUUAGGGUCACAUUCCUUGCUGAGUGCUUUGUUGUAGUCUGCGGCCAACCUUUAUUCAAUAGCAAAGAUUGCAAAUUGUCAGUGGUGGUAACAGUAUCAUCACAGUAGCAGCGUGUCUUGCCAUGUCUCAGCUUUUCUUUUUCAGCCGAGACACUCACCGGUGCUGUCAGGUAUUUGUCAGGUAUUGUCACUGUCUGCUAGCAUUUGCCCUUUGAGUUGAAUUAGUAACCGGCCAUUAGUGAGGCAACGGAUUCUUGCACCAUAUUUUGUGUACAAGUGCAAUUUAGACCAAAGUGGGAUUCAAUCACCUGCAUCAGCUUAGCUAAGGGCACUCAAUGGCUUUCCAGGUGGUUAGCAAGAGGGGAGAAAACUAGCAGCUAUGUUGAAGAGGUUAUUCACUGAAACAAUCUGUAUGGCUCCAAUGGCACUUGGCCUGAUUUUGUGAAGUGGCAUGGAAGCUUGCAAGUGUUUGGGAAAGACAUAGCUGGUUAGAUUCAGCAUUGCUUAUUAUGCAUUGUGCCUGCCCAAAAUAAUAUCCAUUGUACUCUCUUGCAUUUUUCAGAUUGCGACAAAAGUACACAUAAUUUUGUGCACCUUGCUAAGCUGCCCACAGCUAGUGUUUCAUCCAAAGGUACCAUUAUCAUUAUGAGUGAUGGGGGCUCCUUUGCUAUGUAGUCAUUGCAGUUUUUGUCAGUUUGUAUGGCUGCUUAUUGGUUGCGCAGGAUACGCAUAGCAGUGGCAAGUGGGAGUCAGUCUGCACUUGGCUUUUUCUGCCAUUGGCACAGUGCUUUUGUGGUCAGGGCUCUCUGCUGGAGAACUGGUUUCCAGAGUGAACUUGAGGAGAGUAUUUUAAACCUGCACCUUUCACAAGCAGAGGCCUAAAUCUGUAGUUUGAGAAGCCUGUUUUUCGCAGCUUCAAUUGCAAAGGCAUCAAGUCUCGUAGUAAUUGCAUGCAUUGUGGCAUUUAUUUCUCAUGGCAUUGCAACUGACGUUUUGCCUUCCAAAAUUUUGCACGUCGUAGGCAUGUAGUUUUUUUUUUCACUUUGUUGAAAUGCAAGCGAAGUUACAUUGCAGGUUUGUGCCCAUUGUGUUGUUAACAUGCAGCUUUUUAUUGCAACGGAUGUUGUUUAAAACACAUUGUCAAACUGUCCAACUUCGGCCUUUAUCAGGCAUUUCUAGACGUUUCUUGCACGUACUUUUUCUGAACAUUCUUACUUGCUCACUGACAGCUCUACUUGGUGAGUUUUGCUGUGAUUUCAAAUGCAAAGUACGGGGCAUGUUCUAAAGCGUAAUGACUCAUCAUAUCCUGCAGCACUGCGCUCCAUUUCAUACUUGGCCAGCAAUUCUGUGGAAGCAAUGCCAGUGCUGCAGUCGUCUCAGUCUGCCACUCCGGACAUAUGCUGAUGAACAGGUUUUGAUCAGGGAGGCCUUCCAUGAACUUUCCUCACAUAAAUAUCAUAAAUAGAGUUGCUCCAAUUGUGUCUAACGUAAAUGUAUACUGUUUUGCUUUCAAUAUGCGCUUCCAAUGCAGGCAGUGCACCUAGGUGACCUCACAGCAAGGGCUGUUGCACAAACGUAUCACUGCACGCAUUUCAUAGUGGACAGGGCAGGAUGAUGUAAUAACUUUAAUUCUGGCUCUUUUCCCUCUGUCGCUUCUUCAGUUUUAUUGCUUGAUUGUUUAAUUGUGAGUCGUGGAUGGUGAGCAAGGAAUAGAAUUUAGCUAAAAAAGAAUCCUUACAAUAUAGCUGCCUAAGUUUAGGUAGAGUACUGCAUUUUCCACCUAAAAGUAUAUCCAUGUAGUAAAACUGCAACAAAUCACAGCAAUGUUGAAUCAGGUUUCGUAUUGAUUCAUACGUUCUGCUUGCCACAUUUAGUGCACUAGCUUUUGUUGCGAGCGGUGGGGGUGUGAAAGGGUGUCCUAGCGUCCGCAGUAAUGCAUACAUAGUGUGAAAUGGACUACUAUAUGCAAUACUUCUGCACCAACAAGAGAAAAAGUCAAAAAGCUAAAGUUGUGCAGGUUGUUCUUGUAAGGUGUUUCAACCAGCUAUUUCUUGCCUACGCUCUGGAACUUGUAGCAAGCCUUAAACUGCUUCCUCACGAGUUCUGCAAAAUAUAGAGACAAGGUUGUCUGGAUUCUUAUGAAACAAGGGAAAGCUUAGCAUGGUUGCAUUCCUUAUUUGGCAGCCUUGGAGCAAUGUUGUAGAUUUAUGAGCAACCGUGCUUAGUCACAUCAGCCAUUUGGUCACAGUGUUGUUAUUAGAGAUAUUUUACUGGGUCUUUCUUUUAAACUUUUAAGCAAGCUGGCAGGGUAAUCAGUGAACUUGGCUGUUGUUUUGUCAAGUCUUAAAAUAUUGUCUUGUUCUGUGUUUUCUUUAUAGGCCUGCUACAUUCACAGUUUAAGGUAUUCAUGCUGGAAGUGGGCAUAUUGGCUUGUACAUUUAGCUUUGCUUACCUGCAGCACAUUCCUGGCAUCCAUCUCCCACUUAACUGCUCCCUAGAAGACUAGUAGCCAUUAGCCUUUGCAAAAGAUAGAUUCUGCCUAGCAUUGAGGAGCUGCUUUUCGUAUCGAGGCUCAUAGUCAAAGAAAAAGAAAAGUACUACUAGACUGUCUUUAUAAACAUGUGAACAUGACCACGCAUGUGCGCAGUGCAUGUGUGCACGCUUACAGCACGAUUGAGAGCUUUGCUAAUUUAUUAGUGUAGAGAAAAAAAAAAUUAUGCCAUACUUGCUGUGUGAACAGAACGGGGUAAUAGGCCUAGGCUUGUAAAAGUGCCCCGAGAAGGCUUUCGUGGCAGUAUCAACACCUUAACAAAGCUGCUGCCUUGUGUCUCAGUGAAUGGCAAGUGGUCCAAUAUCUGAUAAUUCAAGCUUCCUCGAUUGCCGUAAUGUUGCAUUGACAAUUGAACGACAGUUGUGUAGUAAUCAAUUGUGUCACCCUUCUGAAUGCUGUUAGCUGUUCAGAGAGUGCAGAAUGCCUGUUGCUGCGGUUUGCUGCUGUGAAGCAGGGGGAUCUCGUUAGAGCUGCUUGCUGGAAAUGUACUGAAUGCCGCAGAAGUAAGAGUACGCAGGUACACUCAGCUCUGGCUAAGCAAUUGCCUUGUUCGAGAUCAAAAUUGGAACAGAGAGGGGCCAUUUCAUGGUGAACGCAACACCAUAAUUGGAUUCACUAUGUGUCUGCUUCAUCCAGAAUAAAUUGAAAGUGUGUGCUUACCUACAGUGGCUGCAGGCCAAAAAAUAAAUGUGAAUGCAGGCUCUUACAGAAAUCUUGCUCUGUAACACCAAAGUAUGGCAUGCUCUGUAUUUCACUCUGCCAACACAAGACACAACCACUCCAUUGCAGGGAAAAUGUUUUGAAUCUGGUUACUGCAGCUGACCCUUGCAAUUUAUUAUAGAGAAAGAAGUCAAGUAAGGCACCAAACCUAGAAUUAAACUGUAUACACUACAAAAUGCUAUUUUGUUACGAAAUUGGGUCACAAAAAAAAAGAGAAAGAGAGAGAGAAUAAACAUUUUUAUUGAUUGAAUGCAGCUUUGGAGAGGUGUCACAGAAAAGAGAGCAGUUUAGGCAAGAGGAGUUGUGUAUACCUGGUCCAUCUUAUUUAUAUGGCACUCAGUCCAUUUCAGGGUGCAUUUAAUAGACAGGUCUUGAAGUUCCCAGGUUUGGGCCAAGGAAGAUUGGUGGUUGGCAGCUGUUUUGAAUUCUGAUGCCCUGGCCAUUGUCGAAUAUUCCUCCGCUUAACCAAAGUUUUGAAGUGUUGAAAGACUGCCGCUCUACCUGUAAGAGAACUGUACAUAUGUUCUUGUUUUUCCUUCUUUCUUUCUUUUCUUGUCUCUCGGCUGCAAUGCUUGGUGGUUGUGGUCGCCAUGUGUGUUUUUUCUCUGUGGUGGAAUUAUUUAUUAAUUGCCCUCUCGUUGGUCACUUUUCUGAUUCGCUCUUCAUUCUUUCCUUCCAGAUGGCGUAUUUGAAUUUGGCACAUUACAUUUAGGUAUACCUUGCAGAUACGCGUAUAUUUUUGUUUGUUUCAAUUGUUUUUAAUAUGUUUAAUGCUGCUUCCUGCUGCACCCAGAUGUUCUUAGUGAACAAUGUUGCACAGUACUGCAUAACCGAUUAGCUCGCUUCUGCCUGGUUUACUCUUAGAGCAUUUAAGAGGCAUGGAAAUUGAUGCCCAAUGUGCCUGUUGAGCAUGCAUUUCCACUGAAGUUAAUCAUAACAUUAGCCAUUGUUAUGGUUACUCAGCUGUCCUGCUGGAAGACUCGUGACCCCCAGUUAUCUGAAGCCUCUGGUGAAAAUGCAGGAGUACACUCUCGUUGUAAGCAAAGAAGUUUCCUUAGAUUCUGCACAGUGAAGUCAUAAAACUAUAUAGCUGAGCAGGGUCCUGCUGGAUGUAGGGUUCUCGUACCAAUGUGUCUUGUCGUAUUUUAGAUAGCGCAGCAUGCAGUACUUGCUGCAUUGUUCAUUAUGGACUUUAAGGUGCGCUAGAUUGAACAGCAUUGGGUGUCUGAGUGUGUAAAUGUUUCCUUUGGCUGUGCCGAGUUGUGCGAGUUUUAGCGCGUUCUAGCGUUCAAGUUGUUUCUUGUGGCUGAAAAGUUCAGCUGCACUGUUCUUUUUGGUGUUAUGAAUUUUGAAUGGCACAUAAAUUGUCUCCCUUGUUCCCCAUUUUUAAACUAUGAUAUGUGAGAUGUGUCUUUUGCUUCUCUCUUGUUCUUUAUUUCAGUCUGUAGCUCCAUGUACAGUACUCAACCCUCUAGGAGAUGUUUUUUUUUCCUUGUGCUUUCUGUCAUCCAAACCACAAUUUUGUGCGACUGGUUUGCUGGAUACCAUGUUUUCCUGCAAGUCUCUGUUGCUUAGGUUGCAACUCUUUGGUUGCAAUUGUGUACUUUUUUUCUAUGAUGUCAGUUGCCUUCUAAACGACAAGUAUAGUUGAUUUUUAAAAGCCAUUAUAAUUGCAACAUAGUGUUCCAAUCUAGGAUAAAAAAACAAACAAUAAAGAGUCCUCAAAUGA